GAUCCGUGACACAAUAUAUUCGAUAAUAAUUAUUAUAAAGGAUUCGACGAAUGAUUUAUAGAUUAUAAAUUAAAAUCUAUAAUAUUUCUCUUUAACCAAGCACAAUAUAAUUCUUACGAUUUAUAUUUCAAUAUAGAUUAUAAAUAUUAUUAUUAUUAUAAAAAGAUUAAAAUGGAUAUUCUGAAUGAUAUAUUUUAUACAAGUAUAUUUCCUAGAAACACCAAAUGGGACUUUUCAAUAUAUUCAGUUUUUUUAUUAAACUAUUAUAUUAAGAUCUUAAAGAAAUUUAUAAUUAAAUUUAUAAUUAUAUAUAAUUUCAUACAAGGACUGAUACAAGAAUAUCAGGAAAUAUUUAAAUUAUCAAUAAAUCAUUAUAUUAAUAUAAAAUUUAAAUUCAAAAUAAGAAAAAUCAAUAAUUGUCAAUCAACUUUGAGGAGUAAUAUAAAAUUGAAUCUUUUGGAUUAUCUUUUGUAUAUUCCUAUAUUAAACAAUUUAAAGAAUCAAAAGAAAUAAAUAGUUUAAGAAAUAUUGAAUAUUUAUAAUCGAUUGGAAUUUCUGAAAAGAAUAAUAUCAAUUAUUAACAAUACUAAAUCAGACGAACUAUCGAAUUUAAUAUCGCUUAUUAAAUAAUUGAAAUUGUAUAUAAUAUCUAGAUGUGAACAAAUAUAAUAAAGCUAAUCAUUUGUUAUAAUAUAAAAGAAUACUUAACUCUUACAAUAUUAUAACAAGAAGUUCACCUUUUGGUAGAGGUUUAGGAUAUUAUUCCUAAGGAAAUCAUGCCGAACAUUCAGACUAUUAACUCUAAUAAUGGGAAACUGUAUCGUAUAUUUGAGAGAUAAAUGAUUUCGAAAGCUCUGUUUCAAAGGGCAAUCUCACUUUAUGUUGCAAGGUAACAGUCAACCUGUCCACAUGAGCUUAGGCCUCAUCGAAAAGCAAGGUAAUUUGUAUACAAAUUUGUAUGGUAAUCGAC